AUGCCCAGUAGCGCAAAGCUCACUUUUAGUCAUUAUCCUAUCCAUCAAGCCUAUAUUGCACUUCUUCACCUUCUUUCAAAAUUCUUGUUUUCUUUUAUAAAUUAUAAGUGUCUUGAGAUGAAAACAGACGCCGAGCCAAAGAAGCCUGUUGCAGCAAUGGAUGCCAACUCAAAUCGACUUACUUCUAGCUUACCAGAUAGAUUUCAAAAACCUGAUGCACUUAAAGCUCGAUUAGAGCUGCCAGGCCGAAGCGGGGUAUCAAGAUUGAUGAAACCUGAGAUGGCCAACCCGUCCAGUAUGUCGGCACAGGCCGGAUGCAGUACGCUGCGAGGUGGUGGAUACAGGAACAAAGUCAGCUUGAAGCCAGGGUACAGCGCCAUGGACUGGUCCGAGCUAUCUAAUACUAAAGGGAAAAGAGGUAUGUUAAUAGCGGGUAUCGAGAAAUUGAUUAAUGAUCCCGAGAUUCAAAGAUUCAAUAACCCACAGGCAUUGAUGGGACUUCAACACGGCCUACCUCCGUUCAAAAUCUUCCCACCUCUUAAGGUGAAUAGAGCCCAACUAGAGAAACACACGACAAGGGACGAUUGUUGGUGCGUUUUGAAAAAGAGAGUCUACUGCAUUUCAUCGUACUUGGACUUCCAUCCGGGUGGACCAGAUAUACUUAUCAAGACUGCGGGAGGCAAAGAUGCAACAGCUCUAUUCGACAAGUAUCAUAGAUGGGUGAAUUACGAAAGGCUACUUGAAACUUGUUAUAUAGGAGAAUAUAUUUCCUGA